GUCACCAGGUGACUCCCGUGUGGUCGCGUGCUGGCAGACAGCUAUGAGGGGGACUUGAGUUUCAUCGGUUCUUCAGCAACUACAUUUCACAAGGACAAAAAUGAAGCAAAUCAUUGUUGGAAUUGGAGGUGCAGUUGGUUUUCAAGGAGACACUGAAGGACUGAAUGAACAUGACAGGUGUGGUCUUGGGGGUCCUUGAAGAAGAUGGGGAUGUCGGCAAGCAUGACAAAUGGUGGAAAAACCACACUUGCGUGCAGCCUUAAGAAAGCACUUCCAAACAGCACUUUAAUAUGUCAAGAUACAUAUUUCAAGGAUUCGGCUGAUGUGGAGGUUGGAGAAGAUGGCUUUCAGCAGUAUGAUGUCCUCACAGCUCUGGAUAUGGAAGCAAUGAUGAUUGCAGUAUAUGCCUGGAUGAAUAACAUGGCUGCCAUACGUGAGGAUCAAGCAGUGCCAGAAUGCAGGGGACUUGGUGUCCUAAUAAUAGAAGGGUUCCUUAUUUAUAAUUAUAAGCCACUGAAUGAUGUUUUUAAUCAACGCUAUUAUCUCUCCAUUCCAUAUGAGGAGUGCAAGAGACGAAGAUGUUUAAGAAUCUACGAACCCCCUGACCCACCUGGAAAUUUUGAUGGACAUGUGUGGCCAAUGUACCUCAAAAACAGAAAAGAAAUGGAAGAGAGAGUGCCCAACAUAAUUUAUUUGGAUGGAACAAAAUCCCCAGAGGACCUGUUUACCCAAGUGUAUGAUGAUCUUUUAAAGGAAAUUCAAAAGCUCCAAGAGGGAAGUAUACAGAGUUCUCCAUGGACUGAAAUUAGGACAACUUCAGCUUCACAAUCUGACAACUCCAGAGAAGAAGGGCUUUCAGCAUGGAGCUAACUUCACCAGAAAAAAGUCAAAUGAAAAUUCAUGGACUGCAUUGGAAUGUGGAUAACCAAAGUUUAGAAAUAACGUAAUAAUUGAUGAUCUUGCCUACACUGACUUACUUUAUAUCUCCAGAAGUUUAAUUCCUGUCUUGACAUCUCUCAAAUAUUGUUUUAUCUUGUUAUUGUGUCAGAUUUAAUCAUGGUAAUUCUCUAGCUUUUAUCAUUUUUUAGACUUGUACACCAAAUGAUAUUGUAUCAACAUGGGUGUUCAAUUCCUAGCUUAUUAGGACUUGGUAGAAUAGAUUAAUGUGAGGUUUCUUUCUUCAAUCUUGAUCUAGGAAUUUCAUGUAAUUUCACCAGUUAAGCAACACCUAUUAAGCUUUAUCUUUAGAGAGAAUUUGUAUAAAUUCUAUUAUAUUUUGAGCCGUAGAGUAAUAUAGCCUGGAAACAGACUCUUCACCGCAAUUUGUCCAUGCCCACCAAAAUGUCCAUCUAAGCUAUUUUCUUUUGCUAUAGAUGGUCCGUAUCCCUCCAUGGAGAUGUCCAAAUGUACUUUAUAUGUUGUUGCUGUAUCUACCUCAACCACUUCUUCCUUCUCCUGUAAUUUUUUUGCACUAAUGUAACCACAAAUCUGGUGCUGACUACAUCCUACAAUCCUACUGAAGCGCCUGUUCAAAAUUUUCUGAUCCCACGAAAAUGCCAGGCAAUGUUGAUCUCCAACAAGGGAGCAUACUAAAACUUGCUGUUGAGUUGUACUCUGAGUGCACUACCAUUGACAUUGAUCAGAAACUCAGCUUGACAAGCCAAAUAAAUACCAUAACUGCAUGAGCAACUCAGAAACUGGAUAUCUUGUGCUGAGUGAUUCAUCUCAUGAUACCCAGAAACUUUUCCACUGUUAACAGGGCAUAAAUCCACUUGCCUGGAACCUGCAGCUCCACAACUGUCAUCGGGAUUGAUACUGUCCAGGACAAAGUAGCCCACUUUAAUAACAAGUGCCCUAAACAUUCCCUCCAUUACUGGCAUACAUAAGCUGCAGUGUAUAUCAUCUGCAAAAUCCACUCCAGCUAUUAAUGUUGCCUUUUCUAAGAACAUCGUACCAAUCUGUAAUUUUUAACCCCAAAAAGGAAAAGAGAAAUAAGUUCAUGGGAACACCACUACAUGUAAUUUCCAUCCAAAUUACAUUUCCCUAACUCAAAAUAUGCAUUCAUCGUAUCUCAAUUUUGGAACAUCCUUAGGUGACAGUGGUUCAAAAAUACAACUUACCUCUACUUCUCAAGGGCAAGUACGGAUAUCAAUAAGGUACAGAUCUCACAAGGUGAAUCAAUAAAAAUUAAUUCAAAUUUCCCUCCAAUACAGUGACAUGAAGAAGAAAGCCCUUAACUCCAAGGGGCGUUUUUUUUAGCAGGCUUUCUUAUUUUUAUGAGGCCGAGUUGCUAGCUCGACGCUCAGGGAGCUGGCUGGAUUAGCACUCGGGAGCCUUCGCUCCAAAGUCUGGUGCUGAUGCCACUACACCACCAGCUGGCUUAUACAGUGACAUACCAGUCCUAUUACUGACUCACACCAAGUUUCAGGCUGCAGUGUGGUACUCAACCAGUCCACAGAGCUGUAUAUUCUACAAAGCCUAGGUUUUGUUUUUCAGAUCACUCUCCUUUGAAGACAAUUAUUUUUCUCAGCUGGGCACCUGUAAUGCUGCAAGUUCUCGCACCAUCAUUUUAAACUUAAGUAUCUAUGCUUUUCUUCAAGCCUAAAUUGUGAGGCCCUUAGUUGAUCGAGGUUGACCAUGGGUAUUGCAUGCUGGCUGCCUACGUGAUUUGCAAGCUAGUAUGUAAGAGAACAAGCUAUUUCCCAUGCAGUAGGCUGUCCCUCUCCACACAGCUGAUGAAUCCAAAGGGAACGGCAAAGACCGAUACAGUUUGUUACCAGCACUAAGACUUCCCCAUGAGAGGGUAUAGCCACAAAGCAGUGGAGGUUUGAGAUCAGAGUUUUCCUUCUCUUAGAUGAGCUGCCAACCACGGCUGAUGAGCCCCAUCUGCCUGUAGUGACUGGUUUUAAGGCACCAGUAACCCACUUUUGCCCCCUCUCCUGCCAGUAGAAGCAAUUCCACGAGGCUUAGUAGCUAAGCCAUACGUGAAAACCAGGAACUGAACUUCGUUGUCCAUGGCUAUUUGAGUUGAGAGCAUUUAAUAGGUAAUGGGAGUUUAUCCCCACUGCCCCCCCCCCGUAUAUGACAACCUAAGAACCAAACAUAAAUUAUACUAUAUUUAAAGUAAGUAUUGGAUCUCAGUUAUAAAUAAGUUUUGCCCCACACAGGUAUAAUUAUUUAUGCACCAACUCUGCUUUCCAUUCUCCUUAUUUCCAUCACAGUUGAUAAUUAACAUACCUAUCAUACUCCUUUAACUCCCUUUAGAACAGGAGGAAUUUAUUUGGCCAGAGUGUGCUGAUUCUGCAGAAUUCAUUACCACAGUUGGCAGUGGAAGACAAGUCAAUGGGUAUAUUUAAAGUGGAGGUUGACAGGUUCUUGGAUAGUAAGGGUAUCAAAGAUUAUGGGGAGAAGGGAAGAGAGUGAAGUAGAGAGGGAACAUGAAUCAGCUAUGAUCAAACGGCAGAGCAACUCAAUGAGCCAAAUGUUCUAAUUCUGCUCCUAUAUCUUAUGAUUUAUUCCCUUUCUGUUCAUCAGAAUAUCUUUCCUUUCACUCACCUAUUUCCCAGUCUAUAUCUUUUUCAUUUCAAAUAUUUUAACCUAUCCCAAAUCUACUUUAUUUUUCUUUUCUAUUAGAUCUUCUUUCCCACCACCAUUAUAGCCUGUCCUUUGUAUCCAUCCCAGUUCUAUACUCACAUUUGAUUCAAUUGCACUGCAUUGCACCUCUCUGUACAUUUUUGUACUUAAGAUUAAGCUUUGUCUGAUAGUAUAUUUUAGCAUUGUUUUGUCUAUACCAUCCAAAAUAAAACCCAGCCUAGUCGUUACUCAGGUUUAAUUUUCUUCUCCACCCUGCUGUAUAAUUCGCCACCAUUUCAAUAUCUAAUUCUUUUGUCUCCUUGCUCCUCAAAGGCCCAGAUAAAAAUUACAUUUGUACAUUGUUCCUAUUCUGAUAUCAGUCCUAUUAAAAUUUUUGAGUAUACUACAGUUAGGUAAUCUAAGUCUGUAAUCUGUUUACUGUCCAUGUAGCACACACUUUAUAACUUCUCAUAUUCUAUUUAUAACACUAUGGUAGCUACAAGACAACUUUGGGCAGAAUACAAAAACUAUUAGUCAAAGCAAAGUCCACAUUUGCCUUACUAUCUUUUUGUUAGUGUUUAGUUGAAGUUACAUAUGGUUAUUGAAUACAACUGUGAAGAAUUUGUGUGAAUUAACUUUCAAGAUGGUGUUUAACUGUGAUUGCUUUAAAAUGCAAAUCUUGAAAACAGAUUUAAUAAAGA